UUGCCGUUGCCAUUCGCGAGGACAUACACAGAGAUUGAAGGUACGCUCUUCAAGUUAAAAAAAAAAAGUUCCAUUUCGACCAUUACAACAGGAACAGGAUGACUGUUUUUCUUGCUAGCCAAAGACUUGCCAUUUCUUUCACAUCCCACAAUCGCCACUUCAGCCGAACAUACGGCGUCCUAAAAAAAUGCGAUUCGUUGCUAUUCAAAAGUCCGUCUUUGCUCCGAUUUCAGCGUCAGAUUAAAAGUGUAGUACCACAUAUCAUAGCUGUCACCCCAACCGAAAAGGGCACGGCUGUUAACGAUGCUGAGAUAAGACGAGACCUAGCAAGCAUUUAUAAAGACACCAGGGAGACAUUAGGCAAAAGCCACUCAACAUUAACCCCUAUGGCUCAAUACUAUUUUGAUGACGAAGAUAAAGCUAUACGACCCGUGAUUACAAUAUGUUUCGCUAAAGCCAUCAACAGCCAUUUGACCCAAACUUCGGCGGAUAUCUUUGAGAAACAAAAGAAGGUCGCACAAGUAGAUGAAAUGAUUUUCACGCUCUGUUUAGUUCACGACGACGUGAUUGAUUCGGCCGAAAGUAGAAGAAACAAAAUAUCCACCAAUAGAGUAUGGGGUCAGAAAAAAUCGAUCGCAGCAGGCGAUUUUAUUUUUGGUCGUGCACUUGCGAUUUGUGCUAGUCUGCAAAACGAACUUGUCUACGAGUUGGUCACGAAGAUGGUGGCUGACUUAGUGAACGGAGAGCUACUGCAACUCGACGGAUGUGCAACCGAGGAUGAACGAUUCGUGCACUAUUUGGAAAAAACCUUCAAGAAAACUGCAAGUCUAACAGCUCACAGUUGCCAAUCGGUUUCAGUGCUCGCUGGAGCUGAUACCGCCUUACAAAAUAUCGCGUUCCAGUUUGGCCGCCAGUUGGGAAUAGCAUUUCAACUAGUUGACGACGUACUCGAUUUAGCAACUGAUUUGCGCGAAGGGCUGGCUACCGCUCCAGUUUUGUUUGCUGCGUACCAAUUUCCUGAAUUGAAUCCACUGAUUCGACGGCGAUUCAACCAGCCUAAAGAUGUAGAAACAGCUUACCGCUUAGUUCAUCGUUCUGAUGGAUUGCAAAGAGCGAAGCAGCUGGCUAGCCAAUACUGUGAUGAUGCCGUGGCUCAGUUGGCUCGCUUGUCACCAUCGUCUUACCAACAAAUUUUGUAUUCUUUAAUACGUAAGCUACUUAAUGAAAUGGAAUAAGUAACUGGGAAAAAAUAGAUUCUGUCCAAUCGAGUGCGGAUUGGAGGGUAGCAAUGCGGGAUGUAGCUCGUUUAGGGGGAAUGGUACCCGAAGGAAAACACCAGUUGACGCGUGUAGUGUAGGAUGACAAUUCAAUGGAAUGAUUAAGCGAUUUCUAAUCUAUUUGAAUUUCUGUACUGCUACAUCUAACCCUGUUACGCUUUGACAUUAUUAUGGUGUUAUAUAAAUUAUUUUGUGUAACAUUUGAAUACAUUAUUAAUUAUUUAA